GAAAAAAGAAAAUGAAAAAGAAAGCGGUGCUUCUUAAUUCCCAAUCAGCAGCGGCAACCGCCUUCGCAAACCUGUUUGAUGCUUAAAUCUCGUCGACGCCGGCCAUUGUUCUCCGAUUCCGAUUCCGAUUCCAAUUCCGAUUCGAGGUUAUUCUAUUGCUACUGUGUAUGUUAACUACUCUUACAGUACAAUCGCUGCUUAACUCCUUCCGCUAAAGUUCCUCUCCUCUCCUCUCCUCUCCGUCCGUGGCGGCGAUGCGUUCGAAUCCACCGCCUCCGGCUCCUUACGGAUCGGCGAAGCCGCCUCUAGUCUCCCGCGCCCGUUCUCUGUACGCCGCCCGGCGUCCAUGGCGGUCUUUCUUCGACAUCUCCGCCUUCUCCCUCCCUUUCGGCUACGCGGAGGCUAUGUCACGAAUCCGCCGCAACGUCAACCAUUUCCGCGUCAAUUACGCGCUGAUUGUGCUGGUUAUCCUCUUCUGCAGUCUCGUUUACCACCCUGUCUCCAUGAUUGUCUUUCUGGUUGCGUUCGCCGCCUGGCUCUCUCUCUAUUUCUGCCGCGACCGUCCGAUCGUACUAUUGGGGAGAAGCGUCGACGACCGGGUUGUUUUGGUGGUGUUGAGCUUGCUUACAGUGGUUGCAUUGGUGUUUACGCAUGUCGGAGUGAAUGUCCUGGUGGCGUUGGUUAUUGGAGUGGUUCUGGUUGGUGUUCACGCCUCCUUUAGGGGGACGGAUGAUCUGUUCUUGGAUGAAAGUGAAGCUGUUGAGGGAGGAUUGCUCUCGGUUGUGCGUUGAUUUGAAAUCUUCCCAUUCGUUUAGGGUUAGGGUUAGGGUUAGGAUUUGUGAAUCAAUCUUGAUUUUGAUGAUUUCUUGGUCGAUUGCUGCCUCUCUUUCUAAUAUUUCUUGAAAUCCAUUCAGAUUUGCUUUGUGGCAGAAUUCCUGUCCACUGCAUUGCUGUGUUUUUUAGCAUUAGAAAUGAAGAAAUACAAAAAUGCUUUGGGCAUGGCUUUAAAGUGCAAUGUCUUGAUCCUGGUCUGUUCAUCAGAAUGAAUUAAUUGCAUCAGGAUUCAGACAUAAAGAAUGCUUUGGACAUGGCUUUAAAGGUAAGGUGAGCCAUUGUUUUCCUUGUUCAUCUGCUGCCAAAUUCACUUAUUUAAGAACUGCCCUUUAGCAAUAACUACUUACUUAUUCAUCCGUAUGGUUCUUGUGACUUGUGAUAGCUUUUGGUUUAUCUAUUGUGAGAAUUCCUUGAUUAUAGACAUCAUCUGUAUAUCCAUUCGACCCAGCCCUGUGUUUUCAGAAUCAAUCUAUCUAAUAAUCUUUCUUGUAGGACCGAUGAUAUUCAGGGGACUUUCGGGGCUUCUCUUUGUGUAAUUUUGUGUUACCCCUUCCCUUUCUUGAGAUCUCUGGUUGUUGCAACUAUUGAAGAAAACUUCCAAACAAUGUUUUCAAAAGCAAAAGCAUUCUUACUCUCGAUUCUUCUUUUUACCGCAGAAGAUGUGAUUCCCCUCCUUUCAACAUUUUUUUUAUUUUUUAAAUAUAUAGUAAAAUUUUUGUAUUUUUCA